UUAAUAUCUUAUUUGUAAGAUAAUUAAAAUGAAAUGAUUUUAUCAAAAAUACCUAUGAUUGAUUCAAGAUUAAUAGUAAAAACAUCUGUCACAACAGUUAAUUUGAAAAAUUAAAAGAACAAAUGAAGGAAUAUUUUUCUAAAAAUAAAUUCUACAAAAUUUAAUGGCAACAACAAAAAAUAUAAACUAAUCUAAGUAAUAAAAAAUUUAUAUUAGUAAUAAUUGAAUAAAAUUUGAUCUCGUGAUGUUAUAGAGCAAAUGAUUGCGUGUUAGAUUUCGUUGUGGAAAUUGACAUGAUAUCUUAUUGUCUUAUUGUAACAAGGAUAAUGUCACAGAGAUCUAAUAAAAGAAUCAUACUAAAGAAUUGAUGACAAGUAUGAACUUAAAUAUCAUCAUGAAAAUAUUCUCUGUCAUCGUUUGUAUAUCUGUUAUUGUUUCUACUUUAGCCGAAGAAGAUGAGCUAGAUCCCCAUGCAGCAGUUCGAGAAAAAUGCAAAGAUGAAUUGAAAUUAACAGACGAGAUUCUGAAGCAAGGAAUCCAAAACCCCAAAGAUUUCGGAUGUUAUCUUUAUUGCUUUUUAAAAGAUAUUAAAGUUAUGAAUGAUAAAGGAGUGUUCAACCCAGAAAUAGCAAUACAAAGUAUUCGUGAAGAGCUCAGAGAUGCAGCAAAAACACACAUUUCAACUUGUUUUGAAUCAGGGCAAUCCUCCCUAAGUGAUGACUCAUGUACAAAUGCAUAUCAAAUGGUUCAAUGUUUUAAAGAUCGAGCGACAAAGGUUUAUGGAAUGCUUGGACUUUUUCAACCUCCAAACAUGUUGAAUGAAUAGAAAAUAUUUAAUUAUUUAAUCUAGAACUGCAGUAGAAAGAGAGUAAAUAAUCAAUUACUAUUUCAUAGCUGUUGGAUAAUAAGAUAACGUUUAUAAUACUUUUAAUAAAAUUAGUGAAAUAAACAGAAACCUGUGUAAAUGAAAUAUAUCAUAUAUAUUUUUUUUAUAAAUAUAAAAAUUUAUGAGUUACAACAGUGACCAAUAAUAUCAGACUCCUUGAGAAUUGAAGAAAUGUAUAUAUGCAUUAAUAAUUGCAUCACUAAACGUUUUAUAAAAAAUUUUUUACAUUCAUUACAUCAUUCAAGUAUUUUUCAUACAUAACAGAAUAUUUAAAUUGAUAAUAAAUAUUUACUAUUCAUCAGUAACAGCAUAUAUCAGUGAAUAAUUUCAAGAAAUUAUGAAAAUUACUUUAUCAAUGACCAUGAAUUAUCGACUUAAUGAAUUUCAUAAAAUAAUACACAUCUGUAUAAACAUCCGGAGCUCCAGUAUUACAGAAAAUGUUUGAAGAUGGAAUACUUAAAGUCCAUGACGAAAUGCCAAUAAUCGUAUCUUCUACAACUAAUGGACCUCCACUAUCACCCUGGAAAGAUUAAUUAAAUUAAAAGUCAAAAAUAAAAGUCAUCUUAAUAACAAGUUAAAUUUGAGCUGCUUAAAUUAAAUGGCACGUAAAAUGAGUUUAUAAGUUGAAUCAUCUAAUGCUCACUUUACAAAUUCCAACAUCAUUACUCUCAGCUCGAGCACAUAUUUGGCUAUUUUCAAUCUUAACUUUGUAAAAUUGCUGACACUCUUUAUUAUUCAUCGUAAUAACUGUAGCUUUUUUUAAAACUGGAGCUGAAUAGGGAUUAUUAGAUGAAGUCCAGCCCCAUCCACUGAUUACAGCAACAGCAUUAUCAGGUGCUGGAAAAUUUGGUAAACGAACUGGCUUCUGUUCUGAAGUCACAUUGAUUUCAUUCUUUAGCUAUUUAAAAAGGAAAAUAUGAUUGAUUUGAAUUGUUUUAAUAAAAUAUAUUCACUUAUAAUAAUAAAAUAAAUGCCAAUACCGUUAAUACAGCAACAUCAUUAUACACUUCAUGUUCUCCACUUUCAAAAUCUGGAUGCCAAGAGAUGUUAAAGACUCCAUAACGAUCUCCUUUUUUUAAAGACAAUGUACCAAUUGCGACUUCUAGUUCAUCGAAAGGUGGUUCGAAUAAUUCAGCAACACAAUGAGCUGCAGUUAAAAUGUGCUUAGAAGUUAUGAUAGUUCCUCCACAAAUAUGCAUUCCAUUGAAUUGCAAAGAAGCUUGAUAGUAUGUCUCCUGAAGAUUAGUAUCUUCGCCACCAACUAAUCUUUUUAUUCGACCACCUUCAGCGCCUAUUGUUUUGAUUAUUUUAUAUUGUUUAUUAGUUGUUCAAAAAAAAAUCAAAUUGAAUCAAUCAAUAAUAUUACAUUUUUUCAAAAUAAGUUGUUAUAUAAAAAUAAUAAUUUCUCACCUGAAUAAAAACAACACAAAACAAUGUUUAUCACAAUUGGAUAUAUUUUAUAAAUAUUAAAUGAUGCCAUUUUUUAAAUGAUAAUAUUUUUAAUCAGUAUUUGUAACUGCAACAAUAAAGUAGUACAAAAAUAUUAUCUCAUGGUAUUAAUAUUGUUCGUUCUAUAUGAAAUGUCUUAACAUGACUGAUAUAAAAA